AUGAAAGUUAAUAAAUUUGUCAAUGAUUUGAGGGGACAGACCAAAGCAAAACUCUUUGAAGUUCCCAAAAAGCCGCUUCCAACUUAUUUUCAUGAAUAUCAAAAUAUGUUGUUACUAAAGAUCCAUGUUUGCCAAGAAAUUAUUGAAAGUAAUGAAAGUUGUUGUCAUUUGAAACUCGAGUUAUUAGAAGGUGAACAAAGCAAAAUCAAAGAUGACAUACAUCAAUCCAACUCGUCUGGAAAUGAAGUUUUAGAUUUUGACGGGUGUGUUACAAAAGGUUCUCGUUAUAAUGGUAAUGCCUCUAAAAACUUUAGCACUGUAAGGCUAGUAGCCAAAUAA